UCCUGGGGGCGCUGAGUGUCGGGCCGUGCAGCCCAACACUGCUGCGUCGAUUGCCGAGUCAUGGAUAGGAGUUGUUAAACAUUUACACAACAAGGACACCAGCCGCUAACAGCACGAGUCUACAAAAUUGACGUUAGAGAUGACAGGCGCCUGGCUCACCUAUACUCUCACCGGUCCGCCACGUUUUGAACUGUCGUUUGUGUUUACGUUAAGGCUGUGUAAAGCCGACUAAGCUAGCUAACAGCUAACAGUUAUUGGUGGAUUUGCUAGCUUCCCUGGCGUUACGUUAACCUCUGUUACUGACAAGUGAGUGGGUCUCCAACGUUGAAGUGACUGUGAAGACAGCAACCGUCUGGCAAAUAAGCUGCAGCCAUGGGGUUUAUUCAGAGCUACUGCGAAGCCAAUUCCUCCAUCUCCCACACCUGGGUGGAUGAAGGCAUCUCCCCAUGCUUCUACUUCACACUGGUCCCCACCAUCCUGCUAACCAUCUCCUUCUUUCUUGGCACCAUCCAUUGCAUAUUCUACCAGAAAUAUGGCACAGCAAUGGAACCCAAGUUCAUUCCACGGUCCUGCCUCUAUGGUUUCCAGCUAGCUGUCUCUGUCCUUCUCCUGAUCCAGUUUCUGGGUGGGAUAGUGUGGCGGGCCGCAAAGGGAGGAGAGCUCCCAGGCUACGUGGUGUUAUAUGGCUGCUUCUCUGCGCUGGGCUGGGCUUGGGCUAUAGCCGUACUCAGGGUGGAAAGACGCAGGGCCCUGCUGAUGGACCGGACUAGGGGCCACAGCAUAGCCCUGCUGCUCUUCUGGGCUGUGGCUUUCUCAGCUGAGAACUUGGCCUUCAUCUCCUGGUACAGUCCUCACUGGUGGUGGGGCCUGGAGAACAAUCAACAACAGGUGCAGUUUGCCCUGUGGCUGAUGCGCUACGUCGGCACUGGGCUGCUUUUCCUAAUUGGUUUCAAAGCUCCAGGGUUGCCCCGGAAACCCUACAUGCUAUUGAUAAAUGAAGAUGAGCGGGACGUUGAGAACAGCGGACAGAGCCUUUUGGGCAGAACAGAGGACAACCAGUCUACCUGGCAGGGUUUCAGGAGAAAAGUCCGCAUGCUCCUUCCCUACAUGUGGCCCCGGGGCAACAUCUUCCUCCAGCUGCUGGUCCUCUUCUGUUUGAUUCUGCUGGGACUCGAGAGAGUUAUAAAUGUCUUUGUACCUAUUUACUACAAGAAUAUUGUGAAUGAACUGACUGAUGGCAGCAGCUGGAAUGCUCUGGCUACUACAGUGUGUAUUUAUGUCCUGCUGAAGUUAAUGCAGGGCGGCGGGGCAGGUGCCUCAGGUUUUAUCAGUAACCUGCGCGCCUUCCUGUGGAUCAAGGUUCAGCAGUUCACCAACCGCGUGGUUCAAGUGCGUCUGUUCAGCCACUUGCACUCCCUGUCCCUGCGCUGGCACCUGGGCCGCAAAACAGGCGAUGUCCUGCGAAGCAUCGACCGUGGCACCUCCUCCAUUAACAGCCUGCUCAGCUACAUAGUGUUCAGCAUCAUCCCGACCAUUGUUGAUAUUGUCGUCUCUAUUAUCUACUUCGUCACUUAUUUCAAUGCCUGGUUCGGCCUGAUCGUCUUCGUCUGCAUGGCCCUCUACCUCACUCUGACCAUCAUUAUCACUGAAUGGAGAACGAAGUACAGGCGAGACAUGAAUCAGCAGGACAACAAUGCCAAGUCCAGGGCUGUGGACUCCUUGUUAAACUUUGAGACGGUGAAAUACUACAACGCAGAGAGCUAUGAGGUCAGCCGUUUUGAGGAUGCCAUCUUAAAAUAUCAGGUGUCUGAGUGGAAGACCCAGGCGUCCCUGGCCUUCCUCAACCAAACACAGAACCUCAUCAUCGGAUCAGGCCUGCUGGCCGGCUCCCUGCUCUGCGCCUACUUCGUAACUGAAGGAAAGUUUCAGAUUGGGGAUUUUGUUCUCUUUGGUACCUACAUCAUCCAACUGUACACUCCCCUCAACUGGUUUGGAACCUACUACAGAAUGAUCCAGAAGUCUUUCAUUGACAUGGAAAGCAUGUUUGAACUUUUCGAAGAAGAGGAAGAGGUGAAAGAUGAAGUAAAUGCAGGAAGUCUUCUCUUCACAAAGGGAAAGGUGGAGUUUGAGAAUGUUUACUUCAGCUACACAAACGGGAAGGAGAUUCUCAGGGAUGUUUCCUUCACUGCACUUCCAGGACAGACAGUUGCCCUGGUGGGACCAUCAGGCUCUGGGAAGAGCACCAUCAUACGACUCCUCUUCCGUUUCUAUGACGUUCAGGGAGGCUGCAUUAGCAUCGAUGGACAGGAUAUAUCAAAGGUGAAGCAGACAUCGCUGCGAGCUCAUAUCGGCGUGGUUCCCCAGGAUACCGUGCUCUUCAACAACACCAUCCGGGAUAACAUCCGCUACGGCCGCAUCUCUGCUAGUGACCAGGAGGUGGAGGAGGCUGCUUUGGCUUCUGAUAUACAUGAUAAAAUCCUGACCUUCCCCGAAGGUUAUGAUACGCAGGUGGGUGAAAGAGGUCUGAAGCUGAGUGGAGGAGAGAAGCAAAGGGUGGCUAUCGCCAGAACGAUCCUCAAGGCCCCACAGAUCAUCCUGCUGGACGAGGCCACAUCCGCUCUAGACACACAGACAGAACGCAACAUCCAGGCCUCAUUGGCUAAAGUGUGUGUCAACCGUACAACAAUCGUCGUAGCUCACAGGUUGUCUACCAUAAUUGGAGCUGACCAGAUUCUGGUUAUCAGUGAUGGCCGGAUUGCUGAGCGAGGACGACAUGAGGAACUGCUAGUCAAGGGAGGCUUGUAUUCAGACAUGUGGAUGAGGCAACAGCAAGCCCAGGACUCGGAUUCCUCGUCAGACACGGAAACCAAAGACCGAACUUCAGAGAAACUGCAGCCGCCAUCAAUUUCUUUGGGCCACCACGGCCACUGAUUGUAUUUAUUUUGUUUUUAAAAGAGAACUUUCUUUUGAAUGUGCGAUGGUAGGUCAUGGAGAAAGGGGAAGGUGCCUUAACCAAACUGAGGAGGCAUGCACACUCUUACUUUUUAUACCCCAAGGCAUUGGUUGUAAUAAUUAUGGUCAAGGUUGUGUAUGCAGGGACAGGACAAAAAGAUCAAAUUAUUACCACAUCAUAAAAACAGACAUCUGAACUUUUUUUCUCUCCAAACCUAUA